UUCAACGUGAGCGGACGUUUUAAGCGCGUGUGCCGUGCCGCAGAUAACGAAACAUCGCAGUGCUAUCACCUAUCACCAACUAGAAAAAAAAAUACAAAUCGAAACGAAUCAAAUACAUUACUUCACAGUUAAACGACAGCACAAAAAAAAUCCCCCGCCCGAAGUAAAAUCAAAAUCACAGCAAGUUGAUAAGUGCCAAAACAAAAAUCAAUACCGAUCGCAUACAAUGCAGCGCCCCAAAAAGUGCUCAGAACUGUGCUGAACAAAAAAAAAAGGAAAAGAAAACAAACAACAAAAAUCUAUUUUUAAUUUAAAUAUAUUUAAAUAUAAAUAUCUAUGUGUAAUCGAAUCGAAAAUGGCAGCCGAACAAAUCGCUAAAAUGGCAGCUAAAGCCGGAGAAGCUACAAAUAAAUGGAUUAAGACCCAGCAGACAGUAACGCCGCUGUUAACGAUUGUGCUGCUCUUGGCCACAUUUAGUCAGCUGCCAACUGCGAGUGGCAGCAGCAGCAGCAGCAGUAGCCAGGAUGCUGCCUCCAAUCUGCAGGACAAGGAUCCGCUGCGGGAGACCAGCAUGAACAUGAUCCAGCGCAACUACAUGGUGAUGCACUCGGCCAGCGGAUCCGGCGAUCACAGUCGCUCCCUCAAACGGGCCAUCUUGGCCAACUCGAGCAUCACCUGCAACGAUGGCACCCAUGCCGGCUACUACCUGCGCAAGCAGCCCAGCUCCAAGAAGUGGAUCGUCUUCCUCGAGGGCGGCUGGCACUGCUUCGAUCUGAGGUCAUGUCGCGCCAGGUGGAUGCGACUGCGCCACCUCAUGACCUCCUCACAGUGGCCCGAAACGAGAGAUGUUGGAGGCAUCCUAUCUCCGCAUCCCGAGGAGAAUCCGUACUGGCACAAUGCCAACCACGUGCUCAUCCCGUACUGCAGCAGUGACUCGUGGUCGGGAACGCGAACGGAACCGGAUACCCGCGAUCCGGAGAACAGUUGGAGAUUCAUGGGGGCUCUGAUCCUGCGCCAGGUGAUCGCUGAACUGAUUCCCGUGGGACUGGGACGAGUGCCGGGUGGAGAAUUGCUCCUUGUGGGCUCCUCCGCCGGUGGUCUGGGUGUAAUGCUCAAUUUGGAUCGCAUUCGGGAUUUCCUGGUCAACGAAAAGAAACUGCAGGUCACUGUGCGAGGUGUGAGUGAUUCGGGUUGGUUCCUGGACAGGGAGCCCUACACGCCGGCGGCCGUCGGCUCCAGCGAGGCAGUGCGUCAGGGCUGGAAGCUGUGGCAGGGUUUGCUGCCCGAGGAGUGCACCAAAGCGCAUCCCACGGAGCCCUGGAGGUGCUACUUCGGCUACAGGCUAUAUCCCACAUUGAAAACUCCUCUAUUUGUUUUUCAAUGGCUUUUUGAUGAAGCCCAAAUGCGAGCGGAUAAUGUUGGGGCACCGGUGACGCCACAGCAAUGGAACUACAUCCACGAGAUGGGUGGUGCUCUCCGAUCUUCGCUAGACAAUGUGAGCGCAGUGUUUGCGCCCAGUUGCAUUGGACAUGCGGUCCUGUCAAAAAGGGAUUGGGUCAAUAUCAAAAUCGAUGAUAUAUCCCUGCCCUCGGCUUUGCGCUGCUGGGAGCACUCGACGCGCCGUAAACGGCAUGACAAGCUGAAGCGAUCCACGGAACCAUCGACGGCGGUGUCCCAGCUGCCACAUGCCAAUAACCAAAGACACCAGCGGCAUCGUCAACGGCAGCAGCGCCAGAAGCUCAAUAAUGUGGCCCAAACGGGCGGUCAGGAGCAGCAGCGAAAACACAAUCAUCUUAGCAAAGAGGAGCGCGAGGAGCGGAAAAGAUUGCGGCAGGAGCAGCGGCAAAAGCGAAAACAACGCCGUCGACAGCAGCAGCAGCAGCACAAGAAGGCCAAUGGAGCGCAGGAAAAUAGGAACAAGAAGAACAACAGCCCCAAGUCGAAUAAUGGCAAUGAUAAUCGGGAGCUGAGAAAACAGCGACGUCGUCAGCAAUUGACACCGGAGCAAAAACAGGAGCAACGCAAGCGACGUCGCAAGGCUCAGCAGCAUCAGCAGGAGAAGCAAAUGCAACAGGAGCAGCCAGGAACAGCUGGAGUCCUUCAGGAGACGGGGGAACCCCAGAAGACACGCGCCUCGAACAACGCCUCCGCCGGCACCAAGACCAAAAAACGCCCCCGAGUUCCAAGAGUGCCGGAAAAGUGCGGUUUGCGACUCCUCGAGCGCUGCAGUUGGCCGCAGUGCAACCACUCCUGUCCCACGCUCACGAAUCCCAUGACCGGCGAGGAGAUGCGCUUCCUGGAACUCCUCACCGCCUUUGGCCUGGACAUCGAGGCGGUGGCCGCCGCCCUGGGCGUCGAUAUGCACACGCUCAACAACAUGGAGCGCACCGAGCUGGUCAACCUGCUCACCCAGCAGGCCAACUAGACUCACCAAAUACCCUGUAAAUUGGGGUGGAUCCAAAAAAGCAACCAAAAUCGUAGGGGUAAUGUGUAGAUACGUUAGGCUUCUAUCUUAAAAAACAUUCACUUUUUUGUUUAAAAACCUUUACCUUGGUGUCCUUUAUUAAAUUAGUUAAAGCUAGUAAAUAUUCAACUCAGAUACCCUGUUCAUCAUACAAUUUAUAAGAUGAUUUUCAAAUCAAGUGGCUCAGUCAUUGUAAAAAACUAAGAUCAUUAGAUCUAAGCACCAUUGAGUUAAACAAUUUUAUCAGUUAGAUUUGAUUUAUUUUCUAAUAAUUAAUAGGAUUUGAUUUUUUUUAACACUUAAUUUCGUUACAAGAAAAUGAGACAUAAAAAACUCCAAGGCCAUACAAAUUUUAUAACUCCAGAACUCCAAACCCUACGAUUUCCAAGCUUUUUGGGGGUCCAAAUAGAACUCGACCCACCCUACUGUAAAUAAGUGGCCUGUAUAUAUAGUUUGUAGGUGGGGCCGCUCUGUAAAUAUUGCAUAACACCACCCCCAAAACACAUACACUCACAAUAGCGGAGAGAUAACUCCAAUUCCUAGAACACACCAAGAAAAAGACAUGCGCAUAGUACCCAGUAAUUAAGCAGAAUUUAUUUAUAGUCCUACUCGAACUGCAACUCGUAAACGUAAACGUACACCUAUUCGUAUUCGUAUUCACAUUCACAUUCGCACGCCACAUAUUUAUUCAUUCGCAUUCUGCAAUCAUAAUCACAGAAAUGAAAUCUGCUUAACGAGAAACUAAACACAAAUGCAACCACAAGACUGUUUUUAUGUUUUUUUUAUACAUAUAUAAAUAUAGGUUGAUAAUGAGUAGCAUAGUUUACAUAGAUAUGCUUAAUAAUCGUAAAUGUUUAUGUAAUUUAUUUGAUAACUUAUGGCCCGUUUAGGAUUGUACUUUUGUGUGGAAUCUAGACUGUUUCAAUUGCCCCACGCAGUGUUUAUUUUUUUAUUUUUUUUAUACAUUGUUUUAUACCUACCUCAGAUCAGUAAGAAUGAAAUUGAUUAACUGCUGCCUUCACAUAUCAUUGCGUACCUGUGCAACGAAAAUCAAAUAUUUAACUUAAUACCGCCCGCAUUCCGUUAAAAAAAAGAAGAAACAACAAAGAAUAUAACAGCACAAAAACAAAACAAUUAAAAUAUAAAUAAAACAAAUGCGAAAAUAGCUAACCAGAAGCGAAGUGAACAAAUCGAAUAAAUAAUUAUAGCAAUGUUUGUAAAGAAUUUUUAGAUAAACGAGAAAAAUCGCACAAAAAUAAACUAUUUAAAACUAGUAAUUUAUGCUAAGCCUGUACAGAACUGGUUGAAGUUUAGCCCUAAGAAUUGUUGUACUUAAACUUAGUGAUAAUCAUACACGUAAUGCAAUUUCCAAGCUUGUUAGCUUUUGUUAGCGUUGUUCAAGUAAGCUGGUUAUCAUUUUCAAAAGAUGAAAUCGACUAAUAUUUGAAGAAGGAAACCA